UGGCGGCAGACUGACCAAGCAACCGGCGAAGUAGAAAUACGAGAUCAGUCGAUUCGGACAGUGCAAAGUGGGAAGAUCGCAAGAGAGAUCUCACCGCUAAUUAUACAGUUUAGUGCGAAAUAGAACAGAGCAGCCUUUUUUCGGUGUGACUCAUCAGUGUAGAUUUGACAUAAGAACAACUAAGCAAAUAAGGCACUAUCUAAGCAAGGUUACUUAUCGGUGAAGUGCAAACUUGAACAAGUAGUGCAAAAAUGUCUUGGUAUUACACUGCGAAACCAACGGUGUUCCCGGCCGAGAACUUCAACCCCUCGGCCGAUGCUGCGGCAUUACGUAAAGCCAUGAAAGGCUUCGGAACUGACGAGCAGACGAUAAUUGACAUCCUGUGCGCCCGCUGCAACUGGCAGCGGCAGCUGAUCUCAGAGGCGUUCACUCGCGAGCUGGGUCGGGACCUGAUCAAGGAUCUGAAAUCAGAGCUAGGUGGAAAAUUCGAAGACGUUAUCCUCGGUCUAAUGUUGCCACCGGUUAACUAUCUGUGCAAACAGCUACACAAAGCUAUGGAUGGUAUCGGCACUAAUGAGCGGGCGCUAAUUGAGAUUCUCUGUUCACAAAACAACGAACAAAUGCUGCACAUAUCGCGAGUGUACGAAGAAAUGUAUAAUAGACCGCUGGCGGAACACGUCUGCACCGAAACGUCCGGUAAUUUCAGGCGGCUGCUAACACUGAUCAUCACUGGCACACGUGAUCCACCAGGUACUCUCGACCCUGACCAUGCCGUAGCCCAGGCCAAACAACUAUACGAUGCGGGUGAGGGCAAAUGGGGUACCGAUGAGGCUGUGUUUAGUAAAAUUCUAGUACACUCGAGCUUCGAUCAAUUGGAGUAUGUGUUUGAGGAGUACAAAAAGCUGACUGGACGUACGAUAGAACAGGCACUGAAAGCCGAACUGAGCGGCGACUACUACGAGGCACUAAGCGCAAUCGUGGAAUGUGUCCAGAUGGCGCCACACUUUUUCGCGAAACGCUUGUUCGAAGCCAUGGAUGGACUCGGUACGGAUGAUACUACACUGAUUCGUAUAAUAGUUUCCCGGGCGGAGAUUGAUCUUCAGAACAUCAAAGAUGAAUACGAACAAAUGUACAAUAAAACGCUGAUGAGUGCUGUGAAGAGCGAAACAUCAGGGGAUUAUAAGAAAGCACUAUGUGCCUUAAUCGGACAUGCCUGAAUAUUGAUCGACAAUUUCAUAGUGAUUUAAGGAAAUCUCUUUGACCUCAAUUAUUAAAAUUCCAACACGGAACUAUGAUAACUACGUUUUAAUGUUAUUUAUAUACUUAAAAUCUUUUAUAUAUUCUGCACAAUCCAGAAAUAAGUGCCAAUUUUCACGACAUGCUUCUGACAUGGAAGCAGAACAAUUACACUACAAGCGUAGAAUAAGAUAUUUCAUAUUGACAAUGUUUCCACUUAUUCUCAAUGUUGCGACAGUGAAUCUAUACACCACAUGAAACGAACAAAAAGAGCUUGAAUAAAUGUCCAUUCUAAACGCAAAAAUAAAAUUA